AUGAACACUAGCCAUACAAAAGAAAUAACAAUAGAAGCUGUCCCCAUCCAAGAUCGAGUGAGGAGAGAAACUGAGAGGCUAGAGACUAACUUUUCACGGAUUGACACAACAAUCCAUAGGUUUCCUCAAGGCCUCCGAGGGAUCGGCGGCCCUGGCGAGCGCUACAUCAUCCCGAGCGUCGUGGCCCUCGGCCCGUAUCACCAUGGCAGACAGGAGCUCCAAGAAAUGGAGGAGGUCAAGCACGCCGCGGCAUACUACUUCUGCGCACAGUCGGGCCACCCGGUCGAGGAGGUCUACGCCAAGAUCCUCUCCAUCGUGGACCAAGCCCGCAGCUGCUACGAAAAGGACGCGGCCGCACACUACAACGAUGCCAAGUUCGCGGAUAUGAUGUUCCUGGAUGGUUGCUUCCUGUUGAUGUAUAUUUGUACAGAAGGUUCUGUCCAGGACCCUCCCUUGUUGACGAAUAGCAUGGUGCUGUCCAUGGGUCCCUGCAUGCUGAGGGACAUCUUGCUGCUAGAGAACCAGCUCCCUUGGCUGGUCCUCGAGGCCCUCCUGACUUUCAAGCACGUGCAAGUGCAAGAGUUCCUAGUCGACACAGUACGAGAUUUCAUGGAUGUCAGUGACCGUCCUGAAGAAGUCUUUGUCGUGAAUGAAGACUAUAGGGCGCCGCAUUUGCUUGGCCUCGCCAGAUUGUAUAUGACUGGCAGCAUGCCUCAGGAUGAAGAGGCUCUGCCGGUCAGCUACUUCAACACUGCCACCAUGUCCGCAAUCCACCUAGCAGAGAUAGGAAUCCACAUAACGGCCAGCAAGACGACAUGGUUCGCCAACAUGAGUCUCAGCCGCAGUGGCUGCCUCUUGGGUGAUGAGCUCUCGAUGUCACCGGUGUUUCUCAACGACUUCACUGCUUGCUGGCUCGUCAACAUGGCGGCCUUUGAGGCGCGUAUAUCCACGAGAUAUCCCAUGGAUGGCUUCCUUGUAAGCUCGUAUCUAUCCCUCUUGGCACUGCUCAUGGACAAGGAGGAAGACGUUCAAAAGCUCCGAGCGCAUCAUAUUGUCAACGGCCUUCUCAGCAAUCAGGAGAUGCUCGACUUUUUUAAGACCAUUGCCCGGCACCUGCGACUUGGCUACCGCUUCUUUGCCCUUCUAGAGGCGAUCGAGGGCUACAAGACGGAGAGGCGGGUGUGGAUCAUGGUCCAUAGGUUCCUCUACCUCCACUGGAAGACCAUAGUCACACUCAUUUCAAUCGCCAGUGUGCUUGUGGGGAUCUUCAGAGCUCUCUUCUCCCUCAAAUAUCACUGA